UCGCCCAUUUCGGCGGAGUCCUUCCCGGCGGCGGCCAGCGGCUCCGAUCCUGCGCCGUUCGCGCCCGUGGAUCUUAAAAUCGGCACCAGCAACAGCACGCGAACCGGCACCACAAUAACCACCAAACGGCCCGCGUCAGACGCGGAGCGCAAAGGCAAACCAGCAUCCAAGAAAGCCAAAGCCAUGCGGAAAUUGCAGUUCGAGGACGAAGUCACCACUUCCCCGGUGCUGGGACUGAAGAUCAAAGAAGGUCCGGUGGAGCAAAAACCCAGAUCUCAGUGCGCAGGCGGAGACAAGCCGCUAGGCGAGUUCGUGUGUCAGCUGUGC